GUCGUUUGUGUUUCCUCCAGCUGAGGGCAGCAACACCGCCGAGCUGCUGCUAAUCGACGACAGGUCUACAGCAGAAGAAGGUCCCGAUGCAACAACUAGGCAUCAACAUGCCGACUGCUGUGAUUAUGGAGGAGAAUUUUGAUAAACUUUUGGAGCAGUGUGAAGCUCAAGAGCUCGAGGCGCCAGGGGGCAUCGCAACACCUCAAGUGUACGCUCAGCUGCUGUCGCUCUAUCUGCUUCAUAAUGACAUGAAUAACGGCCGGUAUCUCUGGAAACGGAUUCCCCAGGCGAUAAAGUCGGCAAACCCAGAACUACCAUCCAUUUGGGCCGUGGGCCAACGCAUUUGGCAGCGGGACUUUCCAGGGAUCUACAUCACCAUCGCCGCCUUCCAGUGGUCAGAGAACAUCCUCCCAGUCAUGGAGGCUCUUCGAGAGAGCACGCGGCAGCGAGCGUACAGUCUGGUGGCCCAGGCGUACACCUCCAUCGCGGCAGAAGACUUUGCUGCCUUCGUGGGCUACUCGGUGGAAGAAGCCGUAAAGGGUGUGGUGACCCAGGGCUGGCAGGCCGACCCCGCCACCAGGAUGGUGAUGCCCAAAAAGCCAGAUCCUCCCCCCGUCUCACUGGUUCCAAACGAGCAGCAGUUGGCCAGACUCACCGACUACGUGGCUUUUCUCGAGAACUGAUCACCCACCACUCGCAGCCCUGUUUUUUUUCUUGUCGCUCUGCCUCGGUACUGGGGGGGUGACGGGGGGGGGACGUACCAAAAAACACCCAUCAUCUCGCAUGAAUGCCGCACGCUCUCCUCCAAGACCUGCCUAUUUAUGUUAGUUCAUACGCUGAAAUUGUUGUAUUAUAUCCUUUUUUUUUCACUCUCUGCAAACCCACCUGAUGUAUAGAUUUGGGUCUUGAUUUCAAAGGACAAAUAUGUUUCUCAGUGUUUUUGUAUGGCUUACAGGCCCUUCUUCCCAUACAAUAGAAAUACACACGCUCGUAUGUUUUCGCACAUGGGAGUUGGCAAACAAUCUUUGUCCGGAAGUCUUGGCACCACCAUGUGGAUUUCAGACCUCAUUGUUUGAAGUUGAUAUUUUGACUAGUGAAUAAAUAUUUUGCUGCUUCUAA